AUGACCUCAUUACCUGAACCUGGCCUGCUUCUAACCACGCCCAAGGAUGGUAAGGACAAUCCUCUGGUCAGCCUCGAUCGACACGGAUAUUUAUUCGGCAAGAAGAUCGCCAAUUCCUUGUCGCCAUACCUCCAUAGCGUGAUUUACAAGGAUCUUGGCUUGAACUGGGCCCAGGUGCGGCUCGACUCGGACGAUGUGGACGCAUUCCUCCAACUCAUUCAACACCCUCGAUUUUAUGGCGCUUCCGUGACUAUGCCGAACAAGCUCACGAUCCUCUCUCACCUUGAUCAAUUAACUCCCGAAUGCAGGGAUGUCGGGGCUUGCAACACUAUAUUCGUCCGCGUCGGCCCGGAUGGGCGGAGGUUAUACUGUGGAGCAAAUACGGACGUGAUUGGUAUCCGUGAAUCCUUUUUCCGCAACGUUGAUAAGGAAGUCUUUGUCGGACGCCCUGCCAUGGUGAUCGGUGGCGGCGGAGCGGCUCGAAGCGCCAUCUACGCCCUCCGCACAUGGAUGCAGGUCCGCGACAUAUAUAUCGUCAACCGUGACAAGCUUGAGGUUGACUCCGUCCUCAGCGAGUGCCAGGCCAAGGGGUUUGGGCGUGGUCUUGUGAGGGUUGACACGGUAGGCGAUGCCUUGAAAUUGGAGGCUCCGGGAGCUAUUGUGGCUUGUGUACCUGAUUUCCCCCCACAAACCGACGCGGAGAAGAGAGCGAGGGAUGUUACAGAGACUUUUCUGAGGAAGGGAAAGAAAGGCGUCAUGCUGGAAAUGUGUUAUAAUCCCACGCCCUUCACAGCACUUGGCGCUCUCGCGGAGGCUCUCGGGUGGAGAGUGAUUCUUGGUACUGAGGCAUUGGUCUGGCAGGGGCUCGAGCAGGAUCGGUACUGGACCGGGAGACAAAUUGAGGACUUGCCAGUGAUAAACGUUCAGCGGGCGAUAAAUGAUGUGGUGACGAAGAAGGUAGCCGUCCCUCGCCUGUAG